AUGCGCUUCGCUCUCCUUGCCGUGUUUGCUUUUGCAGUCUCGACCCUGGCAGCGCCUCCAUCAGAGGUAGAUGCGGCAGCGGCAGCCGCCGACAGCAAAGCCAUCGCAGUCAAGGAACGCGCCGCCUCGCUCGACGCCCCUGUCCUGGACGAGCUCAUCGAAGCGUCCGAGGUGGAAAAACGCACGGCGAACCUGUCCCCGAUGAACAACGUCAAGAAGGGACUGCUUCCGCGCGACUGCACUGCGGGCUGCAAGUGCGCAAAGGGGCUCAAGCCGGGCCUGUACUGCGGAUAUUGCACGUCUCCGCACAACGCAGUCAUCUCGUGCACAGCGGCGAACGAGGGCGACUGCUUCGACAAGGUCUACCAGUGCAACAGCUCCGGUGGGUGCUGUGUGUACGGGUACCGGAAGAGCUGUGCGCAGCGAAAGGGUCCUUGCAACGGCGAGGACUAG